AAGGAACAGAGGCCAUUUUCCUUCGUCCUUCAAUCGUCGUCGUCUUCUUCUUCUUCAUCCUCUUCCCUCCCGAGCUUCGAAGUUCAACCUUCAACAGGCAGAGAAGCGGAUACGAUCCAUUUUGCCUGAUUUGAUCGGCGGUCUCCGAGCCUUCUUCUUGGGAGUUUUCAUUCAAUUCCACGCUGGAGCUGCAACUGAAGUCCAAUUCCCUCCUUCGAUCGGAUUGGGGAGCAGGAUGUACCAGUGGAGGAAAUUCGAGUUCUUCGAGGAGAAAUUGGGCGGGAAGAGUUCGAUCCCCGAGGACGUUAAUGGCAGGAUCGAGUGCAGCUCCAGCGGCAGAGGGAAGCUGGUGCUUGGCUGCGACGACGGCACCGUGAACUUGCUGGACCGCGGCCUCAAGUUCAAUUAUGGCUUCCAAGCUCACUCCUCUUCCGUCCUCUUUCUCCAGCAGCUCAAGCAAAGGAACUUCGUUGUAACUGUUGGGGAAGAUGAGCAGCUAUCUCCUCAGCAAUCUGCCCUGUGCCUCAAGGUGUUUGAUCUCGACAAGAUGCAGGAAGAAGGUUCCAGUUCAGUUAGCCCUAAUUGUAUCGGAAUACUGCGAAUCUUCACUAACCAGUUUCCGGAGGCAAAGAUUACAUCAUUUUUAGUGCUCGAGGAGGCUCCGCCAAUUCUAUUAAUAGCGAUCGGUCUGGAUAAUGGCUGCAUUUACUGCAUCAAAGGUGAUAUUGCACGAGAGCGCAUCACCCGUUUUAAACUUCAGGUGGAAAGCCACUCUUCCAUCACUGGUCUGGGCUUCAGGGUAGAUGGUCAAGCCCUUCAACUCUUUGCAGUUACUCCAGCUUCUAUCAGUUUGUUUAGCUUGUACAAUCAACCACCCAGGCUUCAAACCUUAGACCAUAUUGGUUGUAAUGUCAACAAUGUUACAAUGAGCGACCGCGCGGAACUGAUAAUUGGCCGACCCGAGGCUGUCUAUUUCUACGAGGUUGAUGGCCGUGGUCCUUGUUGGGCUUUUGAAGGCGAGAAGAAGUUUAUUGGAUGGUUUCGCGGAUAUCUUCUGUGCGUUGUAGCAGAUCAAAGAAGUGGCAAAAAUACAUUCAAUGUAUAUGACCUCAAGAAUCGAUUAAUCGCCCAUAGCUUAGUGGUAAAAGAAGUUUCUCAUUUGCUCUGUGAAUGGGGUAGCAUAAUUCUUAUAUUGGCGGACAAAACGGCCCUAUGUAUUGGAGAGAAGGACAUGGAAAGCAAGUUAGACUUGCUUUUCAAGAAAAACUUGUACACUGUUGCAAUUAAUCUUGUUCAAAGUCAGCAAGCUGAUGCUGCUGCAACCGCGGAAGUGUUGAGGAAGUAUGGGGAUCACCUUUACAGUAAGCAGGAUUACGAUGAGGCCAUGGCUCAGUAUAUCCACACCAUUGGCCACCUGGAACCCUCAUAUGUGAUUCAGAAGUUUCUAGACGCGCAGAGAAUCUAUAAUCUCACAAAUUACUUGGAGAAGUUACAUGAGAAAGGACUUGCUUCUAAAGAUCACACCACACUUCUGUUGAAUUGUUACACCAAACUGAAGGAUGUUGAAAAGCUAAAUGUGUUCAUUAAAAGUGAAGAUGGCGUCGGGGAACACAAGUUUGAUGUCGAAACGGCUAUAAGGGUCUGUCGUGCUGCCAAUUACCAUGAACAUGCAAUGUAUGUCGCCAAGAAGGCGGGAAGACAUGAAUGGUACCUGAAGAUAUUGCUAGAAGACCUUGGCAGGUAUGAUGAAGCCUUACAAUACAUUUCAAGUCUAGAGCCAAGUCAGGCUGGGAUGACAGUUGAAGAGUAUGGUAAGAUUUUGGUGGAGCAUAGGCCUGCAGAGACCAUUGAGAUACUUAUGAAACUGUGUACUGAAGAGGGAGACUCUACAAAGACUGGAACUUCAAAUGGUUCAUAUCUGUCGAUGCUGCCGUCUCCUGUUGAUUUUCUCAACAUAUUUGUUCAUCAUCCUCAGGCCCUCAUGGAAUUUCUCGAAAAGUAUACUAUCAAGGUGAAGGAUUCUCCUGCUCAAGUGGAAAUCCAUAGCACACUUCUGGAGCUGUACCUGUCCAAUGACUUGAACUUCCCAUCAAUAUCUCAAGCUACCAACGGCGGGGAGUUCAAUCUCAGGGCAAGAUCAGGAGCAGCCGUCUUUUCAAAGACACAGUCAAAUGGGAAACUCAGUUUAGAUCAUAAAGAUUUAAACAAGGAUUAUUUGGAAAGACGCGAAAAAGGGCUUCAGUUACUUAAAAGUGCAUGGCCGUCAGACAUGGAACAUCCUCUCUAUGAUGUAGAUCUCGCUAUAAUUCUCUGCGAAAUGAAUGGUUUUACCGAAGGCCUUCUAUUCCUAUAUGAAAAGAUGAAACUUUACAAGGAGGUCAUCGCAUGCUACAUGCAGGCCCAUGACCAUGAGGGUCUGAUUGCUUGUUGCAAAAAGUUGGGAGAUUCUGGUAAGGGAGGGGAUCCAUCCCUUUGGGCUGAUCUUCUGAAGUAUUUUGGUGAGCUUGGAGAAGACUGCUCCAAAGAAGUCAAGGAAAUUUUGACUUAUAUUGAGAGGGAUGAUAUUUUGCCUCCUAUUAUUGUUCUUCAAACACUGUCGAGGAAUUCAUGCCUCACUCUUUCAGUCAUUAAAGAUUACAUAGCUAGAAAGCUUGAGCAGGAGUCCAAGCUGAUUGAAGAGGAUCGUCGUGCUAUUGAGAAGUAUCAGGAAGACACAUCGGCCAUGAGAAAAGAAAUUCAGGAUCUCAGGACCAACGCCAGAAUAUUUCAGCUCAGCAAGUGCACUGCAUGCACUUUCACCCUUGACCUCCCUGCUGUCCACUUCAUGUGCAUGCAUUCAUUCCAUCAACGCUGCCUUGGUGACAAUGAAAAGGAAUGCCCUGAGUGUGCUCCAGAGUAUAGGUCGGUCAUGGAAAUGAAGAGAAACUUGGAGCAGAACUCCAAGGACCAAGACCGGUUCUUCCAGCAGGUGAAGACUUCCAAGGAUGGGUUUUCUGUGAUCGCCGAGUAUUUUGGGAAGGGGAUCAUUAGCAAGACUACUAAUGGACCCGCAGGGACACUUCGAUCUGGCAACAGCUCCUCUACCAGCGGGUUAUGAGGUUAUUGAGGUAUUGAGUUGUCUAGUUGUUGCCCAGUCUACUUUAUUUCCAUGCAAGACUGAGGUGAAGAGCACUCUGAAUUAAUUCUUCGAUGGGAGAAUCCAAGAUUAUAUGGUCUUCCCUUGAUUUGGUCAGUGGUCUGCUGUUUGAAGUCUGACCAAGCAACCGUGGUAUAACUGCGCUGCAACGAUAUCUUAUAGCUUGAGAGAGCAUGUUAGUUGAGGCAAGAUUCGUAUCGAUGUCAGUAGGAUCAAGGCUAAAUCAAAUAUCAGAGUCGGGGAAUGCGGGUUCUAUUACAUCUCAUGAGUUACUGCACUUGAACCUCAGAGAAUUUGGAGGGGAUUUGGAGAUACUUUUCAUAAGCUUUCAGGUAAAUUUUUUGGUAGUGGUAAUGAUCGUGUUAUGGUUCGGCUCGAGUGUGAAGGUUGUUUUGUAUGUAACGAUGGAUUUAUUAUCUUUCCACUGGGGUUACUGAUUCAACUUGAAAAUUUUUGUAGCUUGUGGGAAAGUUGGUUUAUGUUAAUACAUUGGGUGAUAACUUUUUCUUUC